GGGUAGCAGGUUCUUUGGUACCUCCUCCAGCUGAGCUGUGUCUGCAGUGGAACCCGAGGAUCCUCUUAACCAUGAGACUACUCAUCCAGACCUUCACCAUCUGCCUGGCUCUCUCUCUCUGCCUGGCAGCUCCCUCGCAUCAUCAUGACCAGGUUAAAGAUGAAAAGGUAAUUGGGGCCCAAGCCCAUGACGAUGCCGAUUCUGGCAAUGACCACGCCCAUUCCAACAAUGGACACGCCCAUUCUAACAAUGGACACGCCCAUUCUAACAAUGGACAUGCCCAUUCCAACAAUGGACCCGCCCAUUCCAACAAUGGACACGCCCAUUCCAACAAUGGACAUGGCGAUGACCACCAUCAUUUUGAUCGCUGCAAGGAAUUGGUGUUUGAUGCUGCAAUUGAGAACAAGGAAGGAGUUCAUUACUUCUUUAAGGAUGAUCAUGUGUUUAAGGGGUUCCAUGGUGACGGUGAGCUUACAAAUAAGACCUUCCCUGAGCUGGAUGACCAUCUCCAGGGACAUGUUGAUGCAGCAUUCCGCAUGCCAUCUGAGGACAGUCCUGACCACCAUGAGCACCUGUAUUUCUUCCUGGAUGACAAGGUUUACAGCUAUGAAAAUCACAAGCUGGAAGAGGGAUAUCCAAAAACCAUCUCUGAGGUAUUCCCUGGUAUUCCGGACCAUUUGGAUGCUGCAGUUGAGUGCCACAAGCCUGACUGUCCCACUAACACUGUGGUCUUUUUCAAGGGUCAUGAAAUCUACCACUUUGACAUUGACACCAAGAAAGUCGAUGAAAAAGAAUUCAAAAGCAUGCCCAACUGCUCUGCUGCCUUCCGCUAUACGGGACACUAUUACUGUCUCCAUGGCCACGAUUUCUCCAAGUUCAACCCCAAUACCGGGGAGGUUCAUGGAAAAUAUCCAAAGGAGGCCCGUGAAUACUUCAUGAGUUGUCCCCAUUAUGGCGAGAAGACUGAGGAACAACACAUUGAGAGAGAGCAGUGCAGCCAUGUGCACCUGGAUGCCAUUACUGAGGAUGAUGAUCAUGAUGUGUUUGCUUUCAGAGGCCACCACUAUCUCAGUAAAAUUGAUGGAAAAUAUCAUGCUGGCACUAUUGAGAGUGCCUUUAAAGAGCUACAUGAUGAUAUCGAUGCUGCCUUUUCCCACGAAAAUCACAUCCACAUAGUCAAGGGGGACAAAGUGUACAUCUACAAUAUAUCACACACACCUGGAGAGGCUCACACACUCCGAGAUGGUUACCCCAAAAGUGUGAAAGAGGCACUGGGCCUUGAGGGUCAUAUAGAUGCUGCCUUUAUUUGUCCUAAGGAGCACAAUGCUCAUGUCAUCCAAGGUGAUAAAAUAUAUGGUGUGAACUUGGACGCCACCCCACCUACCCAUACAGAGGCACAACCUAUCCCAUUUAAGCAUGUUGAUACUGCAUUGUGUGGUGCAGAUGGAGUGUCAGUAGUGAUUGAUGACCAUUACUACCACUAUGAGAGCCCUACUACAUUCGUUACUGCCAGGAUCCUGCCUGAGAAGCAUGAUGUGGCCAAAGAUCUGCUUGGCUGUGACCAUCAUGUGUGAGGGACAGAGAGAAGAUAGCACCACAUCUAAAGGAGGACCACACACCUUCCAUCCUCUGAAUAAUGCAAAGUUAAAAACUAAACAGGCUGUAGUGGUGUUCCUCUCACUUUUAUCACUCUGGCCUCAAAUGUAUUUUCCUACCUCUGGUGCUCUGUUUAACUAAGCCUGGCCUUUAUUCCACAAACUGCAAAUUAAGCUAUGCCUCUUUUUUGCCACUGUGAAGUGUGCUAUUUCAAAUAGCUAUAUCUCUACAACAAGGCUAUUAUGUCUGUCAGUGCUAUCUGUAAACAUAGAAAACCACCUGUGCACUUUGUGGCUGAUGAAUAAACUAAAGUAAAACCAUAAA